AUGAGUCAGCAGAAUAUCUUCGAGGACACACUGCACAUUCUGGGCCAGAAAUUGAGUAUUGCAACUACGAGAGCCAAAGGAGAACGGAAAACGAAGGAGCAUACCUGGGCAAAAUUGAAGUAUGCAUUGUGGGCUAAAAGAAGUAUUGAUAGUGCAAUUGCAGAUCUGGAGUCCUGGCAGCGAGUCUUCUGUCCCACUUGGUACACGGUGAUAGUGUUGCCUUCGGUGUCCAACAUCGACACCAUACUCAAAGAUCAAGAGCGUACCAAUGUUGUUGCACAACGCACAAAGAGACUUCGGGAUCUGGGGCUGGGUCGCACAGACAAAGGCGCCAGUGUGUUCCUCCCGUCGGACAAACUCGACUCGGCCCGCCGAGUCACAAUCACAUAUACAUCGAUUGAGACAGUCCUCGCAAUGCUUUCUCAAGGGCCCCCGACCCCUUUGAUACUUGAUACAGUAACCUGUGAAAGGAAUGCGGACCAAGAGCAAGUGAAGAAAGAUGUCCGCGACCUGGCACAGAAGCUCAAGAAUUGCGAUCCAGGUAGCUUUGGGCUGCUCCAGUGCUCCGGCGUUGUGAGCACGCCUAAGCCAGCGGCUCCUGCCAGCAAGUCUUAUGCUUUCGUUUACAAAUACCCGCCCGCUUUGGGAAAUCCAAAAUCACUUCGUGACCUACUGAUCAAAGGGGACCAGAAUGGCUCACUCAGGAAUCGCAUCAAGAUAGCGAAGCAGAUUGCGAGUGCUCUGAGCUAUGUCCACGCCUUUGGAUUUGUCCAUAAGAACCUUCGACCAGAGACAGUCUUGGUCUUUGGUAGUGCAGGUGUGGAGAUUGAGUCUGCUUUUCUCGUUGGCUUCGAACGCUUCAGACUAGCAGAGGGAAAGACAUUGAGAUCUAGUGACGCAGAUAGGCGCAAGAAUCUAUACCGGCAUCCCCAGCGACAAGAUAUCAACCCAGAAAAAGAUUACACCAUGCAGCAUGACAUUUACAGCCUGGGAGUCUGCUUGCUAGAGAUUGGUCUUUGGGAAACUUUUGUUGAAUAUGAUAUUCAGGGGCACAACGCCUCUGCUUGUGAUGCCAGUAUCUCGAUAUCCCGAAUUGUAUUAGAUGGAGUCAAAGACACAUCGAAAAUGAAGGACACUCUUGUUGACCUUGCUAAAACACGGCUCCCUUGCAAGGUCGGAGACAAAUAUACCGGCGUUGUGGUAAACUGCUUGACUUGUUUGGACGAGACCAAUAUUGAUUUUGGGAAUCCUGAGGACUUCCAGGAUGCGGAUGGAGUAGUUGUAGGUGUGCAAUACAUUGAAAAGGUAAGUCUGCAGAUCCACCUCGUACAACGCAAGAUUUAA